GACUUUUUACAAUAGCUCAAUACGUAGUCUUUGGAAGCACUGGAAGGGCCUAAAGGUCCUAAAUGAUAGGGUCGUGACUUACUCAUGAUUUUUGUUUUGUUGUUGCAGUCUUUGGAGUUCAACUGCAAAAGUCACUGUCAAGGAGAGCUUUCUGAUCGCUAAGUUCUACGAAGUAUUCUCUGCUAUUCAUCUGAAGGAAGUAGCAUAAUGUCGGAACUAGCACUCUCAAAUUGGCUGCCCGUAGACAUCGAUACUCUGAUACAGACUGCCAAAGAUGCUGUCCCAGAAAGUAUCACUGUCAACGGAGUUCUUGUCGGGGCAGGGUUACUCUUUUUGUUACUCAAUGUGAAAGGUCUCCCUGGAGCGUGGCAUGCCCGCCUCUUCAAAGGCCUAUUCACCCACGUCGUUGUCGGACGCAGCAAGACACUAUCUCCUAUGCUCGACGCAUCCACCGGCCAUCCUCGUCUCUUCAGCUAUUUGAUCACAUUUUGUUCAACUCCACUUCUUGACUGUGACUACAACCUUCACAAAUCCAACAGCACCUUCUUCUCCGACGUGGACAUCAACCGCACCCAGCUCAUGUGCUCCCUAUUCAAACAUGUCAUCUCAAAAUCGUGGCUCAUAUCAAAGCGCAAUAAGCCUCUUCUCAUGGCUCUUGGAGGAACCUCAUGUAUCUUCAAGCGCGAAAUCAAACCUCUGCAAAAAUUUGAGAUUUGGUCAAGGGUCCUUGCCUGGGAUGAGAAGUGGGUAUAUGUCGUUAGCUACUUCGUAAGGGCUGGAACGAAAAAGAAGAGCAAGAAAUCAGUGUCAGAAAAUGGUAAAGCUGCUGAGCAACCUGAUGACAAUGGGGUUCUCGCAUCCUGUAUUGCGAGAUAUGUGUUCAAGGACGGUCGAAUUACUGUGAAGCCAAAGUUAGCUCUACAGGACUGCGGGUUGAUUCCCGAGGAGUCGGAUGAAAACAACAGCGGUCCAUGGUCAAAGGCAGACUUUGAAAAGGAACGUGUAGAGGCGAUAAAAGUGGCUAAGAAGUUCACGGAAUUGGAGGUUCUUCCCCAGGUAUUUGAUGCAGCCGAUGCCACUAUAAUGGGGAGUUACAAAGACUUGUAGACGGACCUUUCAAGGCCCGGUAGAUUCUCGAAUGUUUAUGUAUGGGUUUAGAGAAUGAAUAGAAGGGAAUUACUUAGAAAUAGA